AGUGACGAUGGAGCCCCCGCCCUUACCCGGCCCAGCACCUGGUGUGAGCAAAGUCCUUCUCCACCCACCUCUUUUGGAGAUUCAGAGCCCUGGCCCCGCCCAAGGCGCUAAUUUAACUCGAAUUGCAGAACUACCGGGCGCUGCUCCUACUUCCAGCUCCUGGCUCGAGCCUGCUUGGUUUUAACCUCAGAGACCGCGGAGCCCCGAAGCCGGAUCCCCGUCCCCGCGCGCUAUGAGUCCCGCGCGGCGGAGCGCCUCCGCCGUGCUGCGCCUACUGGGCGGGCUGGCCCCGCCGCUGCUGCUGCUUCUCCUGUGUCCUCCGCCUGCGUCGGGUGACUGCGGCCUUCCCCCAGAUGUACCUAAUGCCCAACCAGCUUUGGGAGCUCUUACAAGUUUUCCCAAACAAAGCACAGUAACAUACAAAUGCAACGAAGGCUUUGUAAAAGUUCCUGGCAAGGCAGACUCAGUGGUCUGUCUGAAUAAUAAAUGGUCAGAGGUUGCAGAAUUUUGUAAUCGUAGCUGUGAUGUUCCAACCAGGCUACUUUUUGCAUCUCUCAAAAAGUCUUAUACCAAACAGAAUUAUUUCCCAGAAGGUUCCACUGUAGAAUAUGAUUGCCGUUUGGGCUACAUAAGGGACCAUUCUCUCUCAGGAAAACUAACUUGCCUUCAGAAUUUUACGUGGUCCAAACCUGAUGAAUUUUGUAAAAAAAAAUCAUGUGCUAACCCUAGAGAAAUAAAAAAUGGUCAUGUCAAUAUAACACAUGACCUAUUAUUUGGAUCGUCCAUCCGUUUUUCAUGUAAUACAGGGUACAAAUUAGUUGGUGCAACUUCUAGUUACUGUUCUCUUGCGGGAAGUACUGUUGAGUGGAGUGAUCCGUUUCCAGAAUGCCAAGAAAUUUUAUGUCCAGAACCACCAGAAGUUGACCAUGGAAUGAUUGAAGAGAAACAAAACAGUUACGCAUAUAGACACUCUGUAACAUAUAAAUGUAUGAAAGGCUUCACCCUGCAUGGAGAGAGCUCUAUCUAUUGUACUGUAAAAGAUGGCCAAGGAGAGUGGAGUGGCCCCCCACCUGAAUGCAAAGAAACUUUUCAAAUUUACAAAGUCACACCAGCAGUUCAGAAACCCACCAGAGUACAUGUUCCAGCUACAAAGGUCCCACCAACUCCUCAGAAAUCCAGCACUGUAAAUGUUUCAGCAACAAGGAGUCCAGCUGUUCCCAGGGCAACAACACGUUUUCAUGCAGCAAGCCCACCUAAAGGAGGAGGAAGCUCUCCUUCAGUUGCUAGCAUCAUUGCAUCGGGUAAGUGUGGCUCUCUGGCAGUUAACAGAACUUGUCCUCGCUUUCGGACGUGUAAUCUAUGUUCCUGGAAAAUUAUAUUGUCUUUUAAGUGUCUUAGGAAUACUAUUAAAAUACAGUGUUUAUGGGUGCCAAAGAGAAAACAGGUAAAUGCAUUUUAUCGAUGUGUUUUGUACUACCAUCGGGUACUUGGUAUGUUCCUAAGUAUUCCCCACCAUGUUCUUGUUCCAAGGUAAUUUUAGGACAACUUCAAAUCAUUUGGCCAAUUGAUCAAGUAUUAUUGCGUGCCUGUUGUCUCAAUACAUCUCAUUCUAGUGGCUAAAGAACCACAAGGGGAGAGAGUUAUCAAUACAGUUUCUAUCCUCAAGUAUUUUAUAAUUAAUCAUAAACUACUCCUUGACCAUUUCUAGAUGUCUGUCUUAUCCCAAGUAAAACAAAGGGUCUUACCUUUGGUUAUAUCCUCUUUAUUUUCCCUUCCCUGUCAAUGGUUUAAAGUUAUCUUUAAAAAGUAUUCUGUUGCUAUAGGCAUGAGGCCAAAAACAUACCUGUGUUGCAGCAUUUGGUCUAGUCCUUUUCUUGUUCGUAAAUAAAUUAUUUGAUGUUAUGCAUUAACAAGAAGAUUAAUAAACUCCUAAAGAAGAUGGUAAAAGAAAUGUUUGUUAAGAAGCAAUACAGAUAAAUAGGCAUAUAUUGAUAAGUAAUGUCUAAUGUAAAAUAUAAAAAAGUGAAUUUUUUGAUCUAUGUGUUAAUAAGCUGAAGUCUCCUAUCUUAUGCAUGCAUGAAUUAGCCAAGGGACUAUAAAACUGAAAGCAGGUACUUGUUUUAUUAUUUUCAUUGUUAUUUAUUAUAGUUUUUAUAUUUUAAAUGAACCUCUUUUAAGCUAAAAGAUUUAUCUUGAAAGAUUCCAACAGUUGGAAUUCACUUUGUUCAUUCUAUAUUUUAAACAAAAAUAAAUGUAUUCUAAAUGAAAAUCUCAUGAUUUAAUGAUUUGAUGACAUUUUUAAUAGAUGAGCUUAAAAAUUUAAUAGGUGAGCUUUUUCUUACAAGCUCAGUGACAUUCAAUGAAGGUUUGAGGUGCUUAUUAUUUUCUCUGAAAUUCUUUAAGUGUAUACUGUGUGUUUUCCCAGAAACCUUCCCUUAGGGUUAGGUUUAAUUCCAACAUGUGCUCAAAAAUAAAGAGGAACUCCUUCCCUCUUAGACAUAUGACAAUAUUUUUCUUUAGGAUCCUAUACUUGUAAAAUAUAAACCUGAAAAUUAUUGAUAUUUUUACUUCUUAAAUGUAUUCUGUGAAUGAGGUCACUUUUCUCAUUUUAAAGAUAAACUCUAUUGCAAGGAAAUUGCUUUUAUUGAUUGCACUGCAGUGCACAUGAAUGAUACAAAUGAUAUUAGAACUUUGCAAGUAUUUAAUAUUUUUCCUAUUUAAUUCUGCUAAGAAGUAGAGACUGACAGCUCUUCCCAGAACUUUCUUAUCUGCUAUGCCAGUGAAGCCUGCAUUUUGAUUUUUAAAGCUAUUCUCUGCUGGCUCUGUAUCAGUGUUUUUCAAAAAAAAUUUUUUUCAUUAUUACCCUCUCCCCCUCAAGGAGCUUUUAAGGCAUUUUUUCUUAAUCAUCCCUAUGAAAUAUUAAUACUACAGAUGUAAUAUAAAUCUAUUUAUGUACUGUAUGCACAUCUGUACUUUAUACAUAAAAAAGUGAGAUUUUUUUUCCCCUCUAGGGAUGAUAGCAACCCCAUUGAGAAUACAUGCUCUAUAUAGUUGUGGGGUUUUUGUUUUUGUUUUUGUCAACAGUGUCAUAUAAAAGAAAGACUUGUGCUUUGGAGUCAGUCAGACCUUGGUUUCAAUCCUCUUUUGGAUUUUUUUUUUCAUUUAGUAAUAAUUCAACCCAAGUGAUUUACUUAAUCUCUCUGACUCCCAAUUUUCUCAUUUAUGAGAUGGUGAUAAUGAUUCCUAUUUAAAGUCUUGGAAGCUUAAUGAGAUAACGAAUGUGAAAACUACUAGCAUAGUGCUAAAAAUUGAAUAAAUCCUAGCUCUAAGAAUUCAUUUUUAUUUAAUCACUAUUUUCCUAAGAUGGAUUUCUGAUAAUUUUAUCAUUCUCUCUGGCCACACCAAAGAAUAAGAACAGUCCUUUAUUAGAGCAAUAUUUGUGUGUUUGGUGUGUGACAAGGACUGUACUGAAAUAUGCCUAUGUAUUAUUUCAUUUACUUCUCACAACAAUCCUAUAAUGUAGCUAUGUCCCACUUUUUAGCUGAGAGAACUGUGGCUUUGCAAGAUUCUUAACUUGCUCAAGGUCACACGGCUAUUAGGCUCUUAAAUAGACUCAGAUGACUAGCUUCUUCAGCACUAGUACUUGAAAGGAUAGAAAAAUUCUUCUCCUAGAGCUGCACAACUCAAAUUUGACAAUUAAGAUAGUCCUGAUUCUUUACAAGUAUUGCUUUUUUUCCCUCCAUUGCUGAAAUCCUAUACAUUCAUAAAUCCCUUGUGAGAAAUAAUAGGUCAAUUGGAGGAAUAUUAAAGAAAAAAUUAGAGAAUGCUCAGUGAAACAUCUAAAAUACUCUUUCUUUUAAAUAUCACAUGCUUAUUGACAUAUUUUUAUGUUAAAUAGGAUUAUAAGGAAGAACAAAACCUAUUCAUAGCUUUCUUAGUUUUUCAUAGUAUAUAGACUGUAUUUCCACUUUAUGAGAUGUAUAAGUGAGACCUUUCGAAAUGACUGGAUGAAUCCACAUUUCCUCAGAAAAGGAGACAAGCCUCAUUUGAUAAUACCAGAUCUUGUAGUUAGGUUCUGACUUGGGUUGUUCAGGAAUGGAGAUGAUACUCUAUAUAUUAAUGUAAUACCCAUCUAAUACAAAUUUUGUUUGAGUAAUCUCAGGUAUUUUUAUUGAGAAUAUUGUGAACAGUUAAAAUCAUGCCUUGAACCAGGGGUUAGGUUAGAAAUAAGUUUUCUCUGGUGAUAAACUGUUUGUCUUAUUCAUUUUCAGUCUCAGUUUUCUAAUCUGUGAAAAGAAUAUCAUGCAAUGCAAUUUAAUAAAUAUUUACUGAACACUCUUUACUAUUUACAAGUACCAUGCCAGUUAUUGGAGAUAAUGAGAUAAUAGGUGACAAACUGCCUUGCAGUGUUUUAAGUACUAGGUAAAUAUGAUUCUACAUAAUGGGGAACAUUACUAAACUACUCCUUUCACUCCUUUUGCAUUUUCUAAAAUUAUGUAAUUUUCCUACCUAUGAUCUCUUCAAUGAAUAAUUAAAGACAUUGGAAUCAUAAUCAUAAUUUCAUUUAUAAUUUUAUAUAUAUUUUAUAGUUUCAUGUAGCUCAAGUUGUGCCAAUCUUAAAUUAACACUGAUUCACCUUUGGGUGAAUGUUAAGGUCACUGCCUCUAUACUUUAAAGUUUUCUUUGUUUCUAAUUUGCAAAAUAAUACUCUCAUUAAUUAUUAAUUAUUGCAGAAUCAUUUAUUUAGAAUUAUAUUUCUCAAUUUCUGUAGUUUGCACUGGUUUUCUGUUAAAACAUCAACCUCCACACACUUUCUUCCUGAAUCACUUAUAUGGACUGAUAAGUGUUCUAAGAAUAUUCCUAACUUAUGUCAUCCAGACAUUCUGGAUCACUUUAAAAUUUUCUAUUUUCAUUUAUCAUUCAAACUGAAAAUGGGAUUUUUCUGCAUCAUUUGAAAAUGGUAGGAUUAAUGGGAAGUGGUGAAAGGAAAAGAAACCCCAAAUUUUUGAGGAGCCGUGAUUUAUUUUAUGAGUACAGUCUUUUCAAACUAAUGCUAUGGUGCUAAGGGAUCAAUUAAAGAAAUUGGGUAAAAUAGUGUAAAACCUGUGGUGGAAACAGCUGUUUUUAAAAUUAUGUAUCGACAUGGCCAUUCAGUUGUGCGACAUCUGUAGUAUUUUGCUGAUUUGGAACCAGAUACACUUGUUAGUCAUAUUACCUUCAGUUGCUUUUCUAGUGUCAUCUAUAAUUUUCUUUGUAGUACAGAUCAAAAGAGUAGAGUUCAAGGAUUUGGAGGGUGGAGUGGGGAGGUAAAGGGAGACCCAAGGUGGUGAGGGGAAAGGGCAAUGGGUGGUUUUAAGAAGAAAGUUUAUGUGUAAAAGUCAAGGUAUAAAAGUUUUUUGCUGUUAUUCAACUUAUUUAACCAAUUAUUUUCUGUUGCUCAACUCAAAAUAGUGCAUUUAAUUUUGAAAGUAAAUAUUAGUUUUCCUAAAAGAAAUUUUAUCUGCAACAGACUAAACACUGAAAAGCAUUUCGAUAGGCAAAGUAUGUUUUACUCUCGAUGCUCAGAUGAUGAUACCUUUCCUAUGAUGGAGAAAUACGUACAUCUCUGUUACCUUUAUGAACUAAGUAAAUGGCCUUCCCAUUAACCACAUAUGGACGCUUCACCUUUCUGAGGCUCAAUUUAAUUAUCUACAAAAUGAGCGUGAACUCCAAGAUGCCUUCUAGUGCUGAAAUUAUAUAAUACAGUCAUCAUAUUUAAAUCAAUGAUCAAAUCAUUUAAAAUUAAGCAUGGUGGGAUUGAAACACUUUAGAAUUCUCUCAAACCUGUCAAAUUUUAUUUGAGCAUUGUGAUAAUUCAUUCUAAAUAUUUCAUCUUUCCUUGAAAGAAAAUAGGAUAAAUAACAUGCAGUUUUUACUGUCAGACUUGUGACAUAAGCAAGCAAGCAAAAUGUAAUUCAUGUCUCCUAUUUUUUCUUUAACUUGCCUCAUAAUCAAUAUGUUUGUCACUGUGAACUACUGUAUAUAUAAUUGUUCAUGUUUCUAUAUUAACUGUCUUAUCAAAUUCUUUCCCC